CUUGGAGAUGUCAGUCGUCGAGAAGACGCAUUGAGGGCCAUAGAGGAGGCAGUUCGCAUCCGCCGCCAGCUUGCGCAGGACCGCCCCGAGGCUUUCAAUCCCGCCCUCGCCGGCUCUCUCAACAACCUCUCCGUCCGGCUUGCAGAUGUCGGUCGUCGAGAGGAUGCAUUGAGUGCAAUCGAGGAGGCGGUUCGCAUCCACCGCAAGCUCGCGCAGGACCGCCCUGAGGCAUUCAAUCCCGCCCUCGCCGACUCUCUCAACAACCUCUCCAACCGGCUUGGAGAUGUCGGUCGUCGAGAGGAGGCAUUGAGCGCAAUCGAGGACGCGGUUCACAUCCGCCGCCAGCUUGCGCAGGACCGCCCCGAGGCAUUCAACCCCGCCCUUGCCCUUUCUCUCAACAACCUCUCCGUCCAGCUUGGAGAUGUCGGUCGUCGAGAGGACGCAUUGAGGGCCAUAGAGGAGGCAGUUCGCAUCCGCCGCCAGCUUGCGCAGGACCGCCCCGAGGCUUUCAAUCCAGACCUUGCCCAGUCUCUCAACAACCUCUCUAACCAGUUUUCAGAUGUUGGUCGUCGAGAGGAUGCAUUAAGGGCAGUUGAGGAAGCGGUUCGCAUCUGCCACCAGCUUGCGCAGGACCGCCCCGAGACAUUCAACCCCGCCCUUGCCCUUUCUCUCAACAACCUCUCCCUCGCACAGGACCGCCCCGAGGCAUUCAAUCCCGCCCUCGCCGGCUCUCUCAACAACCUCUCCGUCCGGCUUGCAGAUGUCGGUCGUCGAGAGGACGCAUUGAGCGUAAUCGAGGACGCAUUUUGCAUCCGCCGCCAGCUCGCGCAGGACCGCCCCGAGGCAUUCAAGCCAGACUUCGCCUUGUCUCUCAACAACCUCUCCAACCGGCUUGGAGAUGUCGGUCGUCGAGAGGAGGCAUUGAGCGUAAUAGAGGAGACUGUCUGCAUCCGCCGCCAGCUUGCGCAGGUCCGCCCCCAAGUGUUCAAUCCAGAGCUCGCCAAGUCUCUCAACAACCUGUCCACCCGGUUCGCAGAGGUCGAUCGUCGGGAGGAUGCAUUAAGAACAGCUAAAGAAGCGGUUCACAUCUACCGCAAGUUCAUGCAGGACUACCCCGACACAUUCAAUCCAAAUCUAGUCUUCUUCCUCUGCCACCUUUCUUGCAGGUAUCGUGAUUCCGGUCGCGCUGAAGAUGCAUUACAAUCUGCAAGAGAGUGUCUUGCACUCUAUCACGCCUCGCCUGACAUAAGACCGACUGUGCUCUUGAGCGAGGAAAUGGAUGUGCUCGGGAAGGUAGCGGAUUGCAUGAUUCAGUUAGGCCAUGAGGAGGAGAUGAAGAAGUUUCAUUCUUUGGCAGAGGCAUUGAGGAAGUGGGGAACACAAUCGGCGGCAGGAAAACCUAAGCUCGCACCCUCGAUGAGUAAACAACAUACCGUAGAUAGUAUAUAG